UGGGAUUCCUGUUGUACGGACGGACCGGAAGACAUCACUUGGUCUCGCAAUGCCUUCUGGGAUAUUCCUUCAUGAUGUAAACAUGGCGGACGAUGUCCAAGAGAGCCGUGUUGGAACUUUAUACGAUUUAGCUCUCCUAAAUGCAGUACGUCUACAACAUUUAUUUAGAACUGAAUUCAGAUUUCUUCCAGACGUCAUWCAAUGCGAUGUUUAUCACCAGCUUUUUGAAGAUGGUGAACUGAAAACUCUAGCCAAGGAGAUUCUCAACCUUGAAGUAUUUGCAAAGGCUUUGCGAGCAGGCGACAAAAGAAUCAAACUAUAUUGUCCUUUCCAAACRUUAGUUGAUAGAGGAUACAAUUUACCACAAAUACUGUCUGAUGAAUUUUCUAAACGAUGUAAAGUGUCAUUAAAAAAUUAUAAAAACUCAUCAGAGUAUGAAACACUUCUUACAAUUGGUUGGUUAGUUGGUGGGUUUUUGUCCGAGACAGGCUGGGAUGUAGCAGCAGAAAAAGUUUAUCGAUCUUGUUUAUCRUUGUGCGAUAUACGAAAUCCAAGUGACUGUAGAAUAGCUCUUAAAUGUCUAACAAAGUUAUUACGGGUGUGCUCUUCGUACUGUAAAUUCACUGAAGCGAAGCAUGCAUUUGAAAGUGCAACAGAAUUGGUACAAAAACUAAGGAACAGAGGAGAACAUGUCAACACAGCAGUUUUACAUGCAGAAAGAAGCUCUUUGUUGUUUGCCCUUAGUGAAUAUGAACAGGCUGUGAUAGAUAUUGUUCGCCAAGCUUCCAAGGCUUGUGUUGUGAAGAGAAAAUUUAAAAAAGCAGAAAGUCUAAUAAAACAGGCUAUGGAAUUAGCAAGGUAUCACUAUGGUGAGGAGCAUCCCAAGUUUGCCGAUACGUUAGUGGACUAUGGUUUUUACUUAUUAAAUGUGGACUCCAUACAACUGUCUGUUGAUGUUUAUACUGUAAGUACAUAUAAUAUGAUAAUGGCUAACGACAUCACAUGGUGCAUCAUAUUAUUGAUGAAAGUAUCAAAAUGUUCAAGUGUUAAUUUGUCUUCCAGAUGUCAGGCGGAGUGUGCCAUCGCCAUAGUAACCAAACUAUUUCCUGAUGAUCACCUGCUGUUAGCGUCGUCCAAACGAGUCAAAGCUUUGAUACUGGAGGAAAUCGCGAUUGACUGUCGAGACAAGAAGGAAGAAGGAAAGAUACUUCAGGAGGCUCAGGAGUUGCAUUUGGCUUCUUUGGAGCUUGCUAGAAAAGCGUUUGGAGAGAGUAAUGUACAGACCGCUAAGCAUUAUGGGAAUCUUGGAAGGCUAUAUCAGUCCAUGCGGCGAUAUCAGGAAGCCGAAGAGAUGCACAAAAAAGCCAUAGCAAUCAAAGAACGUAUUUUAGGAAGCGAGGACUACGAAGUAGCGUUAUCUCUUGGUCACCUUGCGUCGUUAUACAAUUAUGACAUGGAACGGUACGAUAGGGCUGAAGAAUUAUACAUCAGGUCUAUUGCAAUAGGUCGAAAGCUAUUUGGAGAUGGCUACAGUGGUCUUGAAUAUGAUUACAGAGGAUUGAUUAAUCUUUACGAUUCAAGAGGUGAUUUAGAGUACGUGGACAGGUAUCAUAAUAUACUGCUACAAUGGCGGGAAAUUCGUGAACACAACGCUCAGAGUAACGAUAAGGAACAGAUCCCUGGAGAUCCUAAACCAACCGAUCAGUUUAUAGCCAGCUUUUUGACCGGACUAGAUUAAUUGAGACGAAAGCAGUCUGUUUGACUUCAAAUUCAAAACUCUUUGCUGGAGAAAAACGGGAUUGCACGACCUAAACGAGGGUAUCACAAAAAUACUCAAAAAGUGCAGAGAGAGUUAGAAAUAUGUACUUAUUGACUGAGUGGGAGGGCCGUACGGAAAAAUAUUUGGCUCGAGGUUAUACCGUACAAAUGACCGAGAGCCAAAUAUUUUCCCGUACGGCCCGACCUAACUCAGUCAAUAAGCAUUUUAUCAUAUGACAGCGUUUUUUAAUGUAAAAAAUAAAUAAAAGCGCGCGGAACUUCAAGCCGGGAAAAUACGGGUUUGUACGGCACUGUCGCGAAAAGGCUUACGGCCCCCAUCACGGCGCGACCAUUUCCCAAAGGUUUUUUAAGAGCGCGCGUAGGGCCGAAAUACGGGUCAUAUGAUAAACUGGGUUUUCAAAGGAAUGAUUGGCAGAUGGGUAAAGUUGUUUUUGAUAUUCUUUCUCAUCACUUUUUCUAUUCUAGAGGGAAUGAGUAGUUAACCAACUGUACCCAGGCUGAAAUACUAUAUUCAUAGACAAAUAGCAUUGAAAGACAAUUUAAAAGAAAAAGAAAUUUUGAAAGAAAAAUAUACUAAAAAAUAACAAAUAACUUUAUUGGUAUGAUUAUGUUCGCAUGUUAUUUACAAAGUUAUUUCAUUCGUUUUUUGUUUUUUUUUUGGCAUCGACAGACGUCGAAUCUCUCAUGGUUCGAGAUGUGCACAUGUGAGAUACGACGAAUUAAACAUAAAGGUGUAAACGUAAUACUGCUGUUUCAAGAAAGGUUGUCGUAGUGAAAUAUUUGGCGACCCAAGAGAAUCUGUUAGUUGAUUGGGAUGGAUACUGCCUUGAAAAUUUAUAAGUCCAAUGUCAUAUUAGACAAUCUACAAUUGUGAUUUUUCAUUGUGUAUCUUCCUCGACCUUACUGGCAUAGCUGUAUAUAGUUUACACUGAUUUUAUACAUGUCUCGUUCAGAAGCAAGAAAACAUUACUUCUGAAGUGAGUCGUUAAAAUAUCUUAUGUACAUUGUAUAUAUUACAGGCAAAAAUAAAGAAUAUAUGUAAAUAUAAUUAUACA